AUGUCUUUUGUGAACAAAAGUGCAUUAGUAACUGGAGGAACUGGAGGAAUUGGUGCUGCAAUUUGUGAAGAAUUUUUAAAAGAAGGAAUUAUACAUCUUGCUGCUCUCGAUCUUUACUCUGAAGAGCCGAAGAUCGUCAAUGAAUGGAGAAAAAAAUUCCCAGGAGUAUCCAUCAAGUACUUCAAAGUGGACGUAACCUCGCAAGAAUAUCUUAAAAAAUGUUACGCAGAGUUCACUGAAGACAUUGAAAACCUGGAUAUUGUGGUAAAUUGCGCUGGAAUCAUGGAUGAGAAUUUGCAUCGAAAAACGGUUGAAGUUAAUCUUUGCGGCGUUAUUGGUUCGACUUUUGUGGCCCUAGACCACAUGAGGAUUGAUAAAUUUAAAGGAAAAGGUGGAGCCAUCGUUAAUAUAUCUUCAAUAUCUGGAGUCCAACCUCUAAGCAUUAUGCCUACGUACGCUGCCAGCAAACAAGCUGUUAUCACUUUUACUAGAUGUCUAGCUCAUGGACGUAACAGUAUGGGCAUUAAAUUUCUAACACUCUGUCCAGGUGGUACACAAACUAACCUUGUCAAAGAAUGUUUUAAUAAGGGCCAUUUCUACGAAACUGAUACAAAUACAAUCGAGAAGCUGCGAAGCUCUUACCAAAUGCAAAGUUCUAACAAAGUAUCUGAAGCCGUGGUUAAAAUUAUUGAGGAUGCACAGAGUGGAAGUGUUUGGGUCAUCAAUUGUGGUCAACUUACAGAACAAUCUUUAGAUCCAAUUGUUAUAUAA